UAAGCUUUUACACGCUGAGGCGCAGGACUUUAAAUUCGACUCGAUUAAAUCACGGAGCUUUACGAUUUUUAACGACGUGUGUUGUAGACCACACUGAUUUAUUUGGUCUUUCGGGACUUUGGGCACUAUCAGCGAUGUCUACCGUCCUAUUCCCCACCAACGCCGGGGACAGACUGACCCCGAGAAAAAACGUCCCUCUACAGAAGAAAACGGACAUUUUUCAUUUGCAGAAGCGGAGAAAGAGCUCCGAAACUCGGCCGGAGCCUACAGAUAUCCUCCCUCUACUGAAGCGCACCAGCACUUGUCGAAAUCUCUUCGGACCGGUUGACCAUGACGAGCUGAAACGAGAAUUGACGUCCAAACUUCGGGAAAUGUCUGAACGCGAUCAGCUGAGAUGGAACUUCAAUUUCAGUGAUGGACAACCGCUGGAUGGAGAUUUCAAAUGGGAGGAAAGUCCAUCUGAAGACUGUCCGGCGUUUUACCGGGAAACUGCCGUGUCAAAGGGGCCAUUAAUGGACUUGCCCACAACAGAAACAUUCGCGCAAUUUGCCCCAAACUGUGGGGGUCGUUCUGCUUCUGAGAACCAAGCAGACAAAUGCAACCCACGAAAAACAGUCGUCCGGACGAAAAGACUCACAAAUCUGCGCAUUACAGAUUUCUAUGGAAAGCGAAGAAAAAACGGCAGCGUUAGACUGAAGGGAAGCAGAAGUAUGGAGUGAAAUUAACAUCCGAUGAAGGAAAAAAAAAAAGACCACUCCGCGUCACGGGCUAAUGGCGGGAAAAGGCCGGAAGAACCGAUGACGACUCAUGCUGACUCAUGUUAUGCGUUAUAAAAUCUUGUGAUUCUGGAAUCGCGUUUUUACUGAUAUUUAGUACUUUUUGUUAAUAUCAGAGCGGCACUGGUUGCUCUCUACAGUGAAAAAAACGAUUAAGUAACUUUAAAUUAAAUUCAAGAUGUGUAUUUAUUACUGUUGAACAUAUCUCAGUGUGUAUAUAUAUUUGUAAUGGUUUAAGUUAUAUAUUUAUUUUUCACUUGUCGCGUGUUGUAGUCAAAAAUGUAGCUUUUCAUUAUUGUCACUUGAAAACGAACAAAAUCACAAUCCAGAGCCGUAUUGUUACUGUUGUAAUGUUGCUGUAAUAAA